CCAAAAAUCUUUUUUCCUUUCGUUCUUUGCUCCUGCGCCCUGCACCCGGAUUCUUGCUCUGCCUUCUCUUCGUCCCAAGUAAUAACUAGGGAUCAGGGUUUUGCGCAACCCCGCGGCUGCUCGCGUGGUUGGCGUGAUUCACGGCUGCUGGUGCUAAGCCCUCUCGGACCUCCGUUCCCGCCAUGGCGGACGCCACUGGGCCAGAGAACGAUAAGAAUAUAGAGAUAUGGAAGAUUAAGAAGCUGAUCAAAGCUCUCGAGCAAGCGAGGGGAAACGGCACGAGCAUGAUUUCGCUGAUCAUGCCGCCGCGCGAUCAGGUGGCGCGAGUGGCGAAGAUGCUUGGCGACGAGUUCGGCACGGCGUCGAACAUCAAGAAUCGCGUCAACCGGCAGUCGGUGCUGGGUGCCAUCACGUCUGCGCAACAACGACUCAAGCUCUACAACAAGGUACCUCCGAACGGGCUUGUGCUCUACACCGGAACCAUCGUGACAGACGACGGCAAGGAGAAGAAGGUCACCAUCGACUUCGAGCCGUUCAAGCCGAUCAACGCGUCGCUGUACCUGUGCGACAACAAGUUCCACACGGAGGCGCUGAACGAGCUCCUGGAGUCCGACGAGAAGUUCGGCUUCAUCGUCAUGGACGGCAACGGCGCGCUCUUCGGCACUCUCUCGGGUAAUACGCGCGAGGUGUUACAUAAGUUUACUGUGGACCUGCCGAAGAAGCACGGGCGCGGAGGGCAGUCCGCGCUGCGGUUUGCGCGGCUGAGGAUGGAGAAGCGGCAUAACUACGUGCGCAAGACGGCGGAGCUGGCGGUGCAGUUCUUUAUUAAUCCGCAGACGUCGCAGAUUAACGUGUCCGGGCUGGUGCUCGCGGGAGCUGCGGAGUUUAAGACGGAGCUGAGCCAAUCCGACAUGUUCGACCAGCGGCUGCAGACGAAGAUCCUGAACGUGGUGGACGUGUCGUACGGCGGGGAGAACGGGUUCAGCCAAGCCAUCGAGCUCAGCGCCGAGCUGCUGGCCAACGUCAAGUUCAUCCAGGAGAAGCGCCUAAUUGGCAAGUACUUUGACGAGAUCAGCCAGGACACGGGCAAGUACGUCUUUGGCGUGGACGACACGCUCAAGGCACUCGAGAUGGGCGCCGUGGAGACAUUGAUCGUGUGGGAGAACCUAGAUGUGAACCGAUACACGCUCAAGAACGCAGUAACGGGCGAGAUUGUGAUAAAGAACCUGAGCAAGGAGCAGGAGGCGGACCAGUCGCACUUCCGGGACGCGGAGACCGGGGCAGAGCUGGAGGUGCAGGAGAAGACGUCCCUCUUGGAGUGGUUUGCAGAGGGGUACAAGAAGUUCGGGUGCACGCUGGAGUUUGUGACCAACAAGAGCCAGGAGGGCUCGCAGUUCUGCCGCGGGUUCGGCGGGAUUGGCGGGAUCUUGAGGUACCAGCUGGAUAUGAGAACGUUCGACGAGGCGAGCGACGAUGACGCGGUGUACGAUGACGACUCGGAUUAGGGCGGGGGGAGAGAGUUGGGCACGGAGGGCGAGGGGGGCAUGGAGGGCAAGAAGGGCAAGGAGGGCAAGGGGGGCAAAAGAGAAGACGGUGAGGGACGGAGAGUAGGAACGGAAGGAGGAGUGGAAUGAGGGCUCUCUGAGGUGCCAGCUGGACAUGAGAACGUUCGAUGAGGCGAGCAUCGAUGACGCUGUCUAUGGAAGUGACUCGGAUUAGGGUGGGGCGAGGGGGGAGGGUUAGAGGGCAGGGAGUGGGGAGGGUGGGGGAGGGGGGGAGGUGGAGUGGAAGGAGUGUAAAGAGGGCAGGAGGGGGCAUCCUGCAGUGUGAGCUGGACAUGAGGUUGGGGGGCAUCCUCGGAUGAGGCAAUUGGUUGGGUUGUGAUGCGCUGUAUGAUGACAGUUCAGCUUAGGUUAGGGAGGGAGAGAUGUGCGACGAGGGAUAGGAGGGUGGGGAGAUGGAGGUGAGGUGGGCAAGCAGCAUGAGAUGCUGAGCGUUGCGAUGCUUGGUACGCUGGUGCUGGAUGGUGAGCUGCGGUGGAGGCAGCUGCUGCUGCUGCUGCUGCUGGGUUGGUUUGGCUGCUGCUGGACGAUCUGCGGCUGCGGUGGAGGCAGCUGGGCUUGUGUGGCACCAGGGAGGUGGGAGAUGAAUAGUGCGAGGGAGGUGAGGAGGGCAGCAGGAGCGUGGUUGUGGUGUGGAGUGAGCGGGGCACCUGUGUGAUCGUGAGGCAUGACCGUCCGUGCUGGCAGCCGGUGCUGGCAUGGCAUGGCAUGGCUGUGUUGGUGGUUUACAUGCGGGAAGAUCACUCUUUGUGAUCUGCUUUCUUCAGUGGUCCCUCCGUCUCGCACCGCUGUGAUCCUCUGCUCAUAGUGUGUCAGACUAAGUUAGUGGUAGUGAUGUUAUGGUGGUGGGUAGAGCGACUGUGCAUUUUGGAAUGUGCUCCACCUGCACCUCUGCUCAGUGGUGGUGUGUGGAAUACAGGACGAGGCUCCUCCAGCCCAAUAUGGCAUGCUUGGCGUUUUCCUGGGGUGGGUGUCCUUGCCAGCUGCUGAACAAUAGUAUGUGGCUUCCUUCCAAAGCGACGACCAAGGCUCCCUUCAGGGUGCACGACAUGAAUGCAGUUCGUAUGAUCCUGAGUUAGUUCUGGACUGGUUAUAUUUUUGUAGGCUCCUUAUCCUGAACCGCGAGUCCCCAAGCAAGUGUAACUGCAUUGUCGUCCGAUUUGUUUCUCAUGAAUUUUGUUAGUCAUGCUACCCG